CGAGUAGAGUUACAUGCACAUGUGCUUUUGUCGUGGUUGAGACUGCAUCUACAUCGCAGGAGGCCAGGUGCAACAGGUUUAAUGCUCUGAGUCUGUGGAUAAUGUAAAUUUACAAUAAUGGUCGAUAGACAUAGAAAUAGUUUCAGUCAAAUUGAAGGCACAAACAAUUAUCACAGAUGGGACUCGUACCUAAUGGACAACGAGCCCAAUCUGCUGGACCUUUUCAACAGUGAAAACGACACCACAAGUACGUCCUUAAAGUUAGCACCCAUCAACUCAAGCCACAUAUACGCGCGCAGGCAUUCUGCGCACGCGUGCACAGCUAACGAUGAUAGGAGAUUAGCGAAUAUUAACAUUAAAUCUCCACCUCCUAUUCCCCUUCGUCCACCUCCCAUCCCUAAACGCACUAUACCUCCUCCUGUUUCAUCUACACCUCCUAUGUCGUCUGCUCCCAAGCACAGUCCACCAUUAAAUCCAAACGCUCACAUUAAAAGAAAGUCGUCCCAGCCACCUCCAUUACCACCAACACCUAAAACGCGAGCGCCUCCAUUCAAUCAAUUGCUGCCUAGUCAAAAACCGACCUUGCCAACGACGAAAGAACACACCGGAGAUCAGCAUCGAAAGGCGGAAAUCAGUCGAUUUACGCACAUGCAUAUCAAGUCGAACCAGACCAGUUUUCCGUUUGAUAAUGUGAGACUGCCACAACUAGAGAACACGAAAAAAUGCAGUACGAAGCAAGAAUGUAAUAAGCCGAUAACUCCGAACAGAAUUUAUAAACCCAACCAGCCCGGGAAAAUGUCGAUGCGGCAAGACUCAGGUAUAUCCACCGAUAGUUUCAGCCAAAACUCUUCUCCUAGUUACACGACGAAGAGCAUGGAGACUCCUCUGAUACCUAAGACACCCAUACACAAAAUGCAGAACGGAAGUAUAACGAAAAUUAAAGAUAUAAAAGAUGACGAAGGAAGUCUGGAUGAAGUAAACAGCAUAACAAAAAGCGUUUCAACCCCGGUGGGUCUUCAGACGGUGGUUAGGUUUCAUAAUGGCUCUAACAUGUCGGUGCAUCACAAAAUAUUACGAAAUGCCAGGAGACCAUCUGAAAGCUAUAAACACAAAUUUUACUGCAGAUUUAAAUAUAUACAGAUGGCAGUAAACAUUAUCAUACUUUUUGGUAUUGGACUGGGCUUAACUAUCUACUUUAAAGUGAACCCAUCAAAUAUAAUAAAAAUAGUCAACCAGACAAUAAACGUGACAACGCCGCCAAUGAUAAUAAUAGAUAAGAGCAAUGACAACCCUGCCCCGGGUAUUUGCUUGCCAGUCAUCGUCAGCUUUUGCAUCAACCACAAAUUGCCAUAUAACUAUACGGUUUACCCAAAUUAUGUUGGGCAUUUUGGGCAAAGGGAUGCCCAAAUGGAUCUGGAAAUCUACGAUGCGGUGGUUGACGUGCGCUGUUACGAACUUGCUGCGCUCUUUUUGUGCACCAUUUUCGUACCAAAGUGUGGACCGGAUGGUAUUCUGGUAAGACCAUGUAAAAGCGUAUGUAUGGAAACAAAAAGGAGGUGUGGAUUUUUUCUGGAGGUGUUUGGUUUGGCUUUGCCCAAAUAUUUAGAGUGUAGCCUAUUUCCUGAAUCGUCCGAUGAGAACGUGUGUAUCGGACAAAAAGAAUAUAACGAAACCAAAGAUCGCGAAGCCGAAUUUGCUUGCCCUACUGGAUUCCAGUGCGACAAAAAACGUUGUAUACCUCAAGACUGGGUAUGUGAUGGUCACAUCGAUUGCAAAGACCAAACUGACGAAUCCUAUUGCAAGAAAUGUAGCCCAGACUCCGUGCAUUGCGGUUAUGACCAGUGUAUCAAUCAGGACCACAUGUGUGAUGGAAAGGUUGAUUGCCCUUGGGGUCAAGAUGAACGAAACUGCCUGAGAUUGAGUGAAAGAAAUGGAGAUGAAGCACGAGGGACACUGGAAGUCUUCAGACCAGAUAAAGAAAAAUUCAUUGCGGCCUGCGUCACCCAAUGGGACGAACAUCUUUCCAAAAACAUAUGUUUCUUGCUAGGAUAUGCCAACACGAACUAUAGCCGAGUGGUGAAAGAUGGUGAAAAGAUAUCACCGAACGAAGUAGCGAAGUCUCGAUACCCAACUAGGGAACAGAGGCCUCACAGAAGGUUCAAUUUGAUUAGGGAAUUUGCAUCUUGUAACGGCACCAACUAUCCUACAGUAGACUUAAUUUGUACCGACUACAUUUGUGGCAAGGCUCGCAAAAGUUAUGCAGAACGAAAACGAACUCCUAGGAUUGUUGGUGGUGUCAGAUCUAAGCCUGGGGAGUGGCCCUUCUUGGCAGCCCUUUUGGGAGGCCCCGAAGAAGUGUUUUACUGUGCUGGUGUGCUCAUCUCGGAUCAGUGGGUUCUCACUGCCUCCCACUGCGUUGGAAAUCACAGUGAUGUAACGGGAUGGACGAUUCAAGUUGGCAUAACAAGAAGAUACGCGCAUGCGUUCUACGGUCAAAAAAUGAAGGUUAAGAGGGUUGUUCCUCACCCAAUGUACAACUUAGGAAUAGCCCACGACAAUGAUGUUGCUCUAUUUCAAGCAACCAAUAUUACACCAGUUGCAAUUUGCAAUCGCAGUGGGCACGCGAACGAAGAGCUGCGAACGAAAAUCACAGCAUUGCGAUUUUCGUUUGCACCGGCGGUGCAUCGACGCGGCACUGAGAAGCCGAACGAUGAGCUGGGAACGAAAAUCGCAAUAUUGCGAUUCUCGUACGCACCGGCUGGCGGCGGCGCGUCAUCAACACGGCAGUGGGCAGCAUCAGAAUACGAACCGGAAAUCAAUGAAGUCGAAGUUCCGGUUUUAAGCAGAGAAUUGUGCAACUCUUGGCUAGAGCAUCGUGACCUAAACGUCACAGAUGGAAUGAUAUGCGCUGGAUACAAAGAAGGUGGCAAAGAUGCAUGUCAGGGAGAUUCAGGUGGGCCUUUGCUUUGCAAGGAAAAAGAUGAUCCGGAUCGUUGGUUUGUCGGCGGAAUAGUCAGCUGGGGGAUAAAAUGCGCCCAUCCGCACUUACCUGGCGUUUAUGCCUACGUCCCCAAAUACGUCGAUUGGAUACACGCACAACUACGGCAAUACUCUGAAUAAGGAAUGACAAAAAAAUAACAUAACUAUGACAAUAACGACAAAGAAUGAUUGGUACAAAUUAUACAAGGUAAAAAACCAUGGUUUUCUACAAUACAUUUACAAGAAAACAAGUUUAUCAUGAUCGAUAGGCAUUUAUAAUAUUAUAUUUGUGGUAAGGAUAAUCUAUAUACAUUUCUGUUAGUGGACGAAGCAUUUGUCAAAAAUUUAAGUAUAUAUGUAUUGUGUGGUGUGAAAUAUAUGGUAGUAGCCACUGAGUAGAUAAAAAAAAAUAGGGUAGCCCCUAUAAUAUGAUGUUACAUAUCUUUUUAUUUUGCUACGACAUAUCCAGAACUAUAUUAUAUACAUAUUAAGAAAAAAAUCGUAUUUAUCCGUUACUAAUACAGUAAAAAAAUACAAAAAAAAUAUUUGUAGCUCUUAAAAUUUUUGACAAAUAGACUAAAUAUGUAGAAAAUACCCUGCCAGAGUUCAGGCUACGCACAAUUUAUAGUUUGGCCCCUAAAUAGUGAUAUAUUGUGACAAUUUUAGUGUUCGAAUGGAACCGCUAUUAAUGUGAUCUCUCAUUUAUACUCUUUUAAUAUACAACCGUGAAAAACGCUCAAAAAAUAACUAAAAGCUUCUCUAAACUGAUACCUCUUUAUUUAUUUCUCGUCUCUCAAAAUUACAAAUAACUUAUUAAUAAAAAAUAUAGAAAAUUAAUUUUAUAAAUAUAUUUUUUUAUUUUAAUUGAUCAAAUUAAUACCAACACACCCGGACACGCAAAAAUGUUUAAAUUAAACCGAUAAAUUUAAUUUAUGCGUCAUUAAUAAACGAUGUUUUAACAUGUUAUAUACAUUUUAAUUUAUCGUUCAAUAAUCAUGUUGUUCGGCAUUGUUAGAAAAGUUACGAAAAUAUAACGUUAAAUAAAAUCAAAUGUUCGGCCGAUAUAUGAUAUAAAUUUAAAUUUAAAUAAUAAAGAGGUGUUUGUUUUACCUAAGUUAAGAGAAUUUUUCACUAGUUUAAGGACUUUGAAAAAAUAAAAUACAUCAGUAAGUUUUAUUUUGUUUGAUAACUCUGUUAAAGAAAAUUAAAAAAUAUAUAUAUUAUAUACUUGCGGAAGUUUAAAAUUUAGAAAAUAUAGUAUAGAAUAAGUAAUUAGGGGGUAAAAUAAAUCUUCAAAGUCCUUGAAUUCGCUUUACAUUAAAUAUUUAUACCUUCUAGGAAAAAAGUAAUAGUUUUCUAUAGAUAUUUAUUACAAUGUUAUCUACCUAAUCUAAAAAAAAAAUCUAGAAAACGGUAAGAUAUUAGUUUACAGAAAUAAAUCAUUUAAAGUUGUUCUAUGUUUUUGAAACGCCUAUACAAAAUCAGACCCAUGUCAAUCAAACGUAAAAAAUAACAGUUUUAUACGAGAAAUCCUUUAUUUCCAAUUCAUUUUCUACAGGGUGUUCUUAAAUGUAAAAGUAAAAUUGUAGCGCGCUGUUUAAAAAUGUUUAGCUUGUUGCGUUGUUAGAGCAAACAAAUAUCUUGACUGUGGUGUUAUAAUAAAAAAUAGUUAAUUGAUAAAACAAUCAAAAAACAACAAUAUAUCAUUAAUAUCCAAAAGAAUGACCUUCACAUAUACAAAUGUAAUAUUACAUUACUACAUAUCGUAAUGAAAUAUUAAGCUCAAUCUGGUAAUAAAAACGUAGGUUAUACAUGUUUCAGUACAGAUACUUUUCUUACAAUUAAUAGUAUUCUAAAAUUAAAAUAAUAUAAAACACAUUUUUAUACGAGUACACAGAAAAAAACAUUAUCUUUGAAAUAGAUUUUUUUCUGUGUAA